GAAUAUUCGCCAAGAGAGGAGCUUCCAAAACAGUGACGUCAGCCUUAUCUUCAUAAACCCUAAAAUUUCUUAUCUCAAAGCCUCACUUAACCAACCCGCACCUACUCUCAUCCUCUGUUAUCCUCUCUGUUCUUCCAAAUCUUCAGCCUUCAGUUAAUUGUUUGAGGAUUGUAAGAAGAUGGCCUCCAUUACUCCUUUAUCUUCCAUUAGCUCUUUCGGAACUCCUAAGACAAUCGCAAGUUCAUCGGAAACUUUGUCUUCAUUGUCUUCUAUUUCUUCUGGUCGUCUUGUACACGGAAGACAAAAUGUAGUUCUGCCGAGAAAAAGUUCUCUCAAGGUUAAGGCAGCCAAAGAGUUGUACUUCAACAGGGAUGGUUCUGCUAUUAAGAAGCUUCAGGCUGGUGUCAACAAGCUUGCAGAUCUAGUAGGAGUCACUCUAGGUCCAAAAGGGCGCAAUGUCGUACUAGAAAGCAAAUAUGGUUCUCCAAAAAUCGUAAAUGAUGGUGUGACUGUAGCUAAAGAGGUUGAAUUGGAAGAUCCUGUUGAGAACAUUGGUGCCAAGUUGGUGAGACAAGCGGCUUCAAAGACUAACGAUUUAGCUGGUGACGGAACAACGACGUCAGUUGUUCUAGCACAAGGCUUGAUUACCGAGGGUGUUAAGGUGGUGGCAGCAGGUGCUAACCCGAUUCAGAUUACUAGAGGUAUCGAAAAGACCACCCGAGCCUUGGUUGAAGAGCUUAAAGCGAUGUCGAAAGAAGUUGAAGACAGUGAGUUGGCUGAUGUGGCGGCCGUAAGUGCAGGGAACAACUACGAAAUCGGAAACAUGAUCGCUGAAGCAAUGAGCAAAGUCGGAAGGAAAGGUGUCGUGACGCUUGAAGAAGGAAAAAGCUCCGAAAACUACUUGUAUGUCGUCGAGGGCAUGCAAUUCGAUCGCGGUUAUAUUUCUCCGUACUUCGUUACUGAUAGUGAGAAAAUGACUGUUGAGUAUGAUAACUGCAAGUUGCUUCUGGUUGAUAAAAAGAUAACAAACGCAAGAGAUUUAGUCGGUGUAUUGGAAGAUGCUAUUAAAGGAGGAUACCCGAUAUUGGUUAUAGCGGAGGAUAUCGAGCAAGAAGCACUUGCUACUCUUGUUGUGAACAAACUUAGAGGCUCACUGAAGAUCGCUGCACUUAAAGCACCGGGAUUCGGUGAACGCAAAAGUCAAUAUCUUGACGAUAUUGCUAUUCUCACUGGAGGAACUGUAAUCAGAGAAGAAGUAGGGUUAAACCUUCAGACUGCUGGAAGUGAAGUUUUAGGGCUUGCUGCAAAGGUGGUGUUGACCAAGGAGUCAACAACGAUUGUCGGUGACGGCAGCACCCAAGAGUUGGUUAAUAAGCGAGUUGCUCAGAUUAGAAAUCUUGUUGAGGUAGCAGAACAGGAAUACGAAAAGGAAAAACUAAACGAAAGAAUCGCCAAAUUAUCUGGUGGAGUUGCUGUCAUACAGGUUGGGGCACAAACAGAAACAGAACUUAAAGAAAAGAAACUGAGAGUAGAGGAUGCCCUCAAUGCAACAAAGGCGGCUGUUGAGGAAGGAAUAGUAGUUGGUGGUGGGUGCACUCUAUUGAGACUUGCGGCUAAAGUUGACGCCAUUAAAGCCACCUUUGAUAACGAUGAACAAAAGGUUGGAGCGGAUAUUGUUAAGCGCGCGCUUGGUUACCCCAUGAAGUUGAUCGCAAAGAACGCCGGUGUUAAUGGAAGUGUGGUGAUUGAAAAGGUUCUAUCAAGUGACAACUACAAGUAUGGUUACAAUGCUGCAACUGGGAAAUACGAGGAUUUAAUGGCGUCUGGUAUUAUUGAUCCCACAAAGGUGGUGAGAUGUUGCUUGGAGCAUGCAUCGUCCGUUGCAAAGACAUUCCUUACAUCUGAUGCUGUUGUGGUUGACAUCCCGGAGCCUGAACCCGCACCACUUGCAAACCCAAUGGACAACUCAGGUUAUGGCUACUAAGCUGCAGCUAGCUAGCAAAUAGAACAUUAAACCUGUGGGAGUGCUUUGCAAAUUUAUAAUCAAGAAAUGUUGCUUCCUCCGCGUUUAUUUCUGUUAGCUCAUUUUUAUGACUGUAAGGAAGUUUAAACCCUUUUUCCAAUUAUUUGGAGGCGGUUUGAGUAGGUUGAAUUUUGGCGGAAAAAAAAAGGUUUGUAGGAUUGGUAUCUAUAUUCAAUAAGAAAGCGGUAUUGUGACUUGUCUA